AGUUUCUGGCGCGAACUUCCGCCGCCCGAAGUUGCAGGCGCGGCGCGAUGUCGGGGGACAGCAGCGGCCGCCGGGCGGAGGGCCGGGGCCGGGCCCGCGACCCGCACCGCGACCGCACCCGCUCCCGCUCCCGCUCGCGGUCCCCGCUGUCGCCCGCGUCCCGCCGCGGCGCCGCGCCCGAGCGCAGGGAGGCCCCGGCGCGCCCGAGCCCGGAGGAGGCAGAGCCGUCGGACUCGGGGGACGAGCUGCUGGACCCGGCCAGCCUGGAGGCGGAGACGGACCACGGCCUGUGCCGCCAGAUCCGCCAUCAGUACCGCGCGCUCAUCAACUCGGUCCAACAAAACCGAGAGGAUAUACUGAAUGCCAGCGACAAAUUGACGGAGGCCCUCGAAGAGGCCAACACUCUGUUUAACGGAGUGUCCCGAGCCAGAGAAGCUGUUCUGGAUGCCCAGUUUCUUGUUUUGGCUUCAGAUUUGGGCAAAGAGAAAGCAAAGCAGCUACGUUCUGAUUUGAACUCGUUUGACAUGCUGAGAUACGUUGAAACGCUGCUGACGCAUAUGGGUGUAAAUCCACUAGAAGCUGAAGAACUCAUCCGUGAUGAAGAUAGUUCUGACUUUGAACUCAUUGUCUAUGACUCCUGGAAAAUAUCAGGCAAAACAGCAGAAAACACCUUUAAUAAAACCCAUACAUUCCACUUUCUGUUGGGUUCAAUACAAGGAGAGUUGCCUGUGCCAAAGCCACGAACCGAUCGGCCAAGGAAGGUCCCCAUGAUUGAAGAGCAGCGAGCAAUGCCUGCCCAGCUGAACAGAAUGGAAGAAUCGCAUCAGGAAGCAACAGAAAAAGAAGUAGAAAGAAUCUUGGGGCUGUUGCAAACGUAUUUUCGAGAAGAUCCGGAUACACCUAUGUCUUUCUUUGACUUUGUGGUUGAUCCACAUUCUUUCCCCCGAACUGUGGAAAACAUCUUCCACGUUUCCUUCAUUAUACGGGAUGGUUUUGCACGAAUAAGACUUGACCAAGACCGUCUGCCAAUAAUAGAACCUGUUAGUAUUAAUGAAGAAAGUGAGGGAAUUGACCAAAGCACCCAAAUUAGGAAUCAAGGAAUUAUAGCUCUGAGUUACCGCGACUGGGAGGAGAUUGUGAAGACCUUUGAGAUCUCAGAGCCCGUGAUUGCUUCAGGCCAGAGCCAGGAGAGGCUAAGUGCGUGACGCCCACCCAAGGACUCAAGUGAAUCGUGAACGAAAAGAAAGCGGCACGUGUUGUAUAUAUUGUAUGAUUAAACAUUUUUAAAGACAGAUUGUUUUUAGUAAAAUGUAGCUUUUGAUAGUUAAUGAAUUUGUCGUGGUUGUCUUUGAUUAAAGGAAACUCACUGCCAUAUUCACAAA